AACGUAGUGUUUUAAAUUUAAUUUAAAAGAACGACGAUAUAUUCAAAUCAAAAUAACACAUGGAAGGAAAACACUACUUAUGACGUUAUCAUUAUAAUUAAGAGAUAAAAUAUGGGGUUUGUUCCAACACACAUUAUUUUACUUACAAAUCUCUGUGGGCGGAAGUAUUACAGAGAAACGACAGAAUGGCUCUGAUUGUGGCAAGUAUAGAUUUCGGCACCACCUUUUCGGGAUGGGCGUAUUCCUUCGUGCAUGAUCACGACAAUAACCCUGCUGAUGUUAAGUCCAGAAACUGGAAUUCAGGAACUUUUAUAACAAGCAAAGCGCCAACAUGCGUACUGAUUAAAUCAGAUGGAACAACACUCGAAGCCUUCGGCUACGACGCAGAAAGUAAAUAUGCAGAGCUCGCUGCAGAAGAAAAUCACACUGAUGUUUACUUCUUUCAGACAUUUAAGAUGAAGUUGUUCGAUAAUGAGGGAACCAUAGGAAAUUCUACGCUCUUAGAGGAUGAAACUGGAAAGAAACUGAAGGCAUUGACCGUAUUCUCGUUAACAAUAAAAUACCUUGUUGACGAUGUGAUGGACUCUCUCAAUAAGCAAAUAACAAAUGGCGUUAACAAAAAUGACAUCAACUGGGUUCUGACGGUACCAGCUAUUUGGGACGAACAUGCAAAACAGUUUAUGAGGACAGCAGCCAGAGAAGCUGGAAUAGAAAUGGGUCAUCUCAGCCUUGCACUUGAGCCCGAAGCUGCUUCCAUCUACUGCAGGCACAUUAAAAUGUCAAGAGAAGAGAACUCCACUGGUGCGGAUAUUUCAACAUUCCAGCCUGGCACGCGGUACCUGAUUUGUGAUGCUGGAGGUGGAACUGUUGACAUAACAGUUCACGAAGUGACAUCAGAUAUGAAACUAAAAGAGAUAGAGAAAGCCAGCGGUGGUGCAUGGGGAGGUACAAAGGUCAACGACGCCUUUAAACAGUUCAUCGAUACAUUGGCAGGCGGUGCUGUUAUGCAGGUCUUGAAAGAAAAUCACAUGGACGAUUUUAUAGAAUUAAUGAGGUCAUUCGAACUCAAGAAGAGAGAGUGCAAGCCGUCAGCAUCAGGAAGCGUAGUUUUGAGAUUCCCUACAACGUUGCAGGAAGUUGUCCGUAAUGUAACAAAGAAAAGCUUCACAGAACAAAUUGCCCGGUCGCCAUUUCAGGGUGAAGUAAAGCUUAUCAAAGAUAAGCUCAAAUGUGAUAUUACGGUUGUAUCCUCGCUAUUUGAUGGACCUGUUAGAAGCAUUGUUGAUCACUUAUCAACACUAGUGUCAAAGUUCCGAGACAAUCCUAUCAAUCAGAUCGUCCUGGUCGGUGGCUUCUCUGAAUCGCCUUUGCUGCAGGAGGCAGUGAGGAGUGCCUUUCCAGGAAAGCACGUGAAAAUUCCACAUGACGCAGGACUGGCUGUUAUGAAAGGUGCCGUGAUAUUUGGGCACAACAAACGUCAAAUUGUGUCAAGAAUUGCAAGGUUUACGUAUGGCAUAAGGUGUGCAUACAACUCGUCUGUUCACGGCACGGCCACGCUUAAUAACAAGGAUAUGGAGAAAUGCUUUUACAAACUUAUUACCAAUGGGCAGUCUGUAUCGGAAAACGAAUCGGCUGGAAGCGGGUACUUUUCGCCUAUGACAGGUGACUCGUGUUACGUUGUUGACGUAUAUGCUACAAAAGAGAUAAAUCCUGUUGUUGUUGCUGGUCAAGGAUGCUUUUUAAUUGGCUCAUUUACUGUGAACUGCAAAGACAAAAACGGAAAGAUUUCUGAAACAUUUCUUAACAUGUACUUUGGUGGAACAGAAAUUGUUGUUAAAGCUACACUGGAAACAACCGGUGAAGAAAUAGCAGCAACAUUUGAUCUUCCAGACUGAUGCACUUGUAACAAAAAAUCACAUUCCUACGACAUUUGACUAUUUUGUUACUGAACAAUAACGAAAUAUUAUGAAAUCGCUUUUUGUAAAAGCAUUGAGAGAACGCUUUUAUUACAUCUGUAUCACUAUGGAUUAUUUGUUUAUUAUACCCAUUAUCCAGAGUAGAAUUUUAAAUUUUAAUUGACUGUUCUGCAUUGUGUAUAUAAACACUGUACAUUUGAUUAAGAAUCAUAACUAAAUCCCAAUGCUUUGAUUAUCAGUGUACGCUGAGAGAAAUGCAUAUCCAUAAAAUUAAUGUGUGGUGAACACUUCUGUCAAUGUUGAAACUGUUUAUACAUCGAUUGAAUGUUGUGUGACUUUCCUAUAUUAGGGUUCGUGUUUAGGUUAAUUAUUUUAAAGACGUUAACGUGGUUUGUUUUUACGGAUGCAUGCCGCAUAAUAUGGUUUCGCGUCUAGUUGAUGUUCCUUAUACAUGUUAAUGCGUAUUGUUUCUACAAGAUAUUCUUUAAUAAAAGUGUAUUCUUCAUGUUGCAUCAUUUCAAUAAACUCAGAGUGGCGUGUAAAUGGAAAAUAUUGAUGACAAUGGUAUUUACGAGUUUUUGUUAAUCAUUGAUUUCACAUGUUGUUGUUCAAUUUUAACGGUUGUCUAAACAAUUGUCCAUCGCUUGAUUUACAUUCGCAUACCACGAUGAUGUAUAUUAUUUUUUUAUUUUAUUUUUUUGCAUAUUCGCGCAAGUUGGCUCUGUAUGUGGCCCUAACAUAAUGAGUAAAAACAACUACAAAGUGUGUUAUUUUGAUGUUUCUCUUCGUGUAGUUAUUAGCUUGGUCAUUAUCUAAAGAUGAAAAUAUUUUAAAUUUAAAUCAAGUUGCCCAAGAUUUAAGUGUUUUCAUCAAAUACAAUUUCUGAUAAAUUAGGUUAGAAUCUUAUAAACAUAACAUUCAAUUGCAUGUAUUGUUACUCUAAGAAUGAUUGAUAAACACGUGCUUGAUUAUUUUAUAAUUGCAUUGUAAGGAAUUGUGUGUUGUGUACACAGGGUGCAGGAUCACGUGACUUUUUGGGGUUCCAUCUUCUCCGAUUUCAGACGUAUACGAGGAUUUAUUCUUAUACCUUAAGAUAUCGGCACAAACUGCAAUAAAAACUGUAUAUGCACUAUAGAUGUUUGCAAAUGUAUUUCAAUUAUUAAACUUGAGAUAUUUGGAAAAAUAAAGUUCUUAACGGUGUCAUUACAUUCUGUCCAGCCCGUGUGUAAACCCCUGAAAACCCCGUAGAUUCUUCAACCUGUACAAUGAAUGAUUCAUAUACAUCAGUUGUUUUAAGUGCUUUUAUAAAAUGUUCAAUAUUUGUUUGUCUAAAUAAACUUUGAAUAGUGAAGGGUGUGUAUGCAACUGUUACGUCACGUGUUAAAUCGUGUUCAUCUUAUUCAGAUUAUUUUAGUUAUGUGGUUGGUCUGAGACAAGGGGAUGUAAUGUCGCCGAUUUUGUUUACUUUAUUUGUUGAAGACCAUGAACUUUACCUGCAAGAUAACAUUAACUCGAGUUUGAAUAGAGAUUGUACGGACAUACAAUGGUAACGUCAUUGUAGUAAUUGGUAACUUUAACUGUUUAGGAACAGUGUCUAAUUACACAGGAACAUUUUAAUAAAACCAGGAACAUUUGGGUGGUAAAUCCUUUAAGGCUAUGAAUACAUUAUUGUAUUAAAUUAUGAGUCAGAACUAUGGGGUUUCACAAAGCCAGCUGAUAUUGAACGCAUCCAUUAAACAAUUUGCAAUCGAUUUUUACAGAUUUAAAUAAAUACAGGUAAUGUUGCUAAUUAUGGUGAAUUAGCUGUACAUCCAUUUCAUGUAAACAGAUUCUUAACCGUGAACAUAUCAUAAUGAAAAUUGUUUGCUAGCUUUGAACGAUUGUAAUAAAGGUCAUAUUUAUUGGGUCUCAAAUGUCAAGCAAAUAGUAAAAUAUGUUUGCAUUUGGUUACGUAUUUGAAAAUCCAAACGUUGUGCAAGUUAAUGGUUUUAUUAGCGAGUUUAAAUGUGGACUUGUUGACAACUUUAAACAAAAAUUGUAUGGUAGCAUUAAUAAUUAGUCUGCAUUAGAUACAUAUAAAGUUUUCAAAACCUCUUUGAAAAAUGAAGAAUAUUUAGACUUACUUCCUAGACGACUGCGCCUAUUUUUUGUAAGAUUAAGAGUCUCGAGACACUCGUUGAGAAUCCAAAUUGGCCGAUAUGCUCAGAAUAACAUUCCACGAAUGAACGUUAUCGUCUAUGUUGUAAUUGCUGUAUUGAGAAGAUGGAUAUCAUGUUAUAUGUAUAUGAUGCUGUUACACUGAGUUAAGAAAAAUAUAUUAACCGUACAUUUUAUAUCAACCCAUCUAUACUCCACAAGCUACUAGAUUCAUGUGACAUAUCAAUAAUGUAAAGUGUGUAUAAAUUUAUCAAAGAAGCUUUUGUUGUAACAAAUGGGAUUCUUAAUAAUGUUGUUCAAUAAAUUCAGUACCGCCUUGAUAGAAUCUACGUGUUUUUACUAACUAUUGUAUUAAUUUCGUAUUGUAUUCUUUAAUGGCUAUUUUUGUUAUGUAAUGUUAUGGUGUUAUACCUAGUUACGUGACAGGGAAUAAGGUGUGUAUUUAAGCAUGAAGGCGAUGUACUUUUGUAUAAGUCUGAAUAUAAUGCCUGCCUGUCUGUCUAAAUUUCGUGUUUGGUGUGUCUUUUGAUUCUCUUUUAUAUAAAUCUUCGCAGGGAAAGGGUAUGCCAGUGACACACUGCCGGUUGGUCGGUUUGACGGUCAGUCGGUCCGCAUAAUAUGUUGUAAGUUUUAUGGGGCGAACUCCAACAGCAUUUCUCGCGCGAUUACAGUGAAACUAAAGAUAUGCCAUCACAGUGGAGAUAGCAUGUGCAAGACACUAUUUUAUCACCAGUGAUCCAAAUAUUACCGAAUUUUGCCAUAAGUAUGUUGAAUGUUUGUAUUGUAUUGCUGACAUUUGUAUACGAACAACUAAAUAAAUAUUGUUUAGUGA